AGUUUAUUAAACUCAGGACUCUCUGCAUCCAUUUUCUAUUUUCUGGGGAAAUUGAUUACGUUGUAAAAACCCUAAUCCAGUAUUGCUACAGAAAUUUGUCGAUUCUCGGGAUUUUGAAUUCAUUGACGAGCUUCACUAGUAGCUUUUCGAAGAUGGCGGCAAGAGAUCAAGCAAUCGCCAUUAACGAUGCUGUUCACAAGAUUCAGCUGGCUAUGCUCGACGGCAUCACUGAUCAGAAGCAGCUCUUCGCGGCGGGGACUUUGAUGUCUCGAUUAGACUACGAAGAUGUCGUCACUGAACGCACUAUCGCUAAGCUCUGCGGUUACCCUCUCUGCCGAGCAUCACUCCCUUCCGAUGUUUCUAGAAGGGGGAAAUAUCGGAUAUCGCUCAAGGAGCACAAGGUUUACGAUCUACGAGAGACCAGAAAGUUUUGCUCGGCAGAUUGUCUUAUUAACAGCCGCGCGUUCUCGCGGACUUUGCAAGAGGCUCGUACCUCGGAGUUUGACACGGUGAAGCUCAAUGGGAUUCUGUGUUUGUUUGGUGAUUCCAACGUGAAUGAUUCUUUGGAUGUGAAAGAGGAUUUAGGAUUGUCUGAGCUUACGAUUCGGGAGAGCACUGAAGUGAGAGGCGGAGAAUCGUCUUUAGAGCAGUGGAUGGGUCCUUCUAAUGCCGUUGAAGGUUAUGUUCCUUUCGAUCGAAGUGCUAGCAAAUCCAGAAAUGGCAAACACGAUUUCAAGGCUACUCAAAAGAAUCAAAAGAAGCACGAGGAUCCGCCUUUGAGCGAGAUGGAUUUCACUAGCACAGUUAUCAUUUCUGAUAAAUAUAGUGUUUCAAAAAAGCUUCCACCACAAAAACAAGCUUCUCCUGCAGGAGAAUCUGAGGACGGCCAAGGGAAAACAAUUCCGAAAGAACAAACUGCAGCUCCUCCCAGAAAAAAAAUUUCGAGGUUUCGUCUUGAAAAAGAAAGGGACAGGAAGAAUUCUGGGUCUGAAGGGAUCGAUUUUGCAAGCUUUGGGUUUGAUGGGAUGGGUUGUGCGACCUCUGUUACAAAUGAUGAUUACAGCGUUGAAUAUAGCGUGUCUAAGCAGCCACCGUGUUCAACAGAAGACCCUCUGGGUGGCCAAUUGAAAGGUGAUCUUCAGACUUUGGAUGAGAAAAAUGCUCUAACAGGAUCCUCCUCUGGUUCUAAUUCGAAGGGUUUGAGGACAAAACCAGAAAAAUUGAGAAGGAAAGUUGUUGAAUUCCAUGCUGCUACUUGUACAGAUGGUGACAAAAUCGUUGCAGCUGAAUCUUACGAGGGACUCAAAACCCAUCAGGAUGUGUGUUCUUCAAGUGAAACAGUGACUAAAUCAUGCCUUAAAUUUUCUGGCUCUACGAAGCUUAAUCGUUCAGUUACUUGGGCGGAUCAGAAUGAUGGCCGUGGUGCUCUUUGUGAGGUUAGAAACAAUGAUAUCAAAGCAGGUCUUAACCUGUCUUCUACUGAUACAGAGGAUGUCAAUAGUGUAUCACGCCUUGCGUUAGCAGAAGCCUGCGCAACGGCAUUGACCCAGGCUGCCGAAGCUGUUUCUUCGGGAGAUUUAGAUGCAAGUGAUGCCGCUGCAAAAGCUGGAAUCGUUUUGUUGCCAAGUACGCAUCAACUAGAUGAAGAGGUUUAUGAGGAGGAUGUCGAGGAGGAAAUGGCUGAAGAGGAACCAACUCUUCUGAAGUGGCCAAAUAAGCCCGGGAUUCCAGAUUCUGAUGUGUUUGACCGUGAUCAAUCUUGGAUUGAUGGACCUCCAGAGGGCUUCAAUCUAACCUUAUCAACUUUUGCUAUUAUGUGGGAUUCACUGUUUGGCUGGGCAUCAUCGUCUUCUCUGGCAUACAUAUAUGGGAAGGAUGAAGCAGCUCAUGAGGAGUUUUUAUCAGUUAACGGGAAGGAGUACCCCCGGAAGAUUAUCCUGGGAGAAGGGCUUUCCUCAGAGAUCAAGGAGACAAUUGCUGGGUGUCUUGCUAGAGCUUUACCUAAAGUUGCCACUGAUCUCAGGCUUCCAAUAGCGAUAUCCGAGUUGGAAAAAGGACUGGGAAGCUUGCUGGAGACAAUGUCGUUGACAGGGGCAGUUCCGUCAUUUAGGGUUGAACAAUGGCGAGUGAUUGUUCUUGUGUUCCUGGACGCGUUGUCUGUAACGCGUAUUCCUCGGAUUGCGCCUUAUAUAUGCAACAGAAACAACAAGGUUUUGGAAGGAAGUGGAAUUGGAAAUGAAGAGUAUGAGACAAUGAAGGAUAUUCUAUUACCACUUGGCCGUAUUCCUCAGUUUGCUAUCCGAAGCGGGGCGUAGACAAAAACCUUUUGUUUAGGUUUUAUUGGUAGAAAAAGAAAAGAACAACUGAUGCCGAUGUUAUUAUAAGAGAAUAUAUGAAAAAUCUGAUGUCAGGCUUUGGCUUGCUUUUUGUUUUUACUUAGAACAAAGAUUUGACGCAUUUCAAUUUUUUCCAAUAUGAUGAUAUAAUCCAAUGGGUCAGGCUGAGACGCCGUGUUUGUU